CAGGCCAUGCUAAUAUUCCUCCUGAACCUAAAACUCAGCACGAAGAGCUCCGAGGUUGUUCUCUCGUCUUGAUCAACCCAUAACCUGGCUGCGAUUUUUUUUUUCAAAGGUGGCAGUGAGUUGAGUCAUGAAGUGUCUAAUCUUUACUGUGGCGUUGCUGUCUACGUGUGCACUUUGGAGUGAUGAAGUGGCGAGUUCCUCUCUGAGGAAUUAUCGAGCUUCCCCAGGUUGUCCGCGACCAGUGGUAGUCAUCUGUGACGCCGGGAAAAAGGCUGGCUGUUCCGUGGAAUUGAAUGAUUGCCCGAAAGGUCAAAUAUGCUGCUUCAAUGGAUGUGGAUACACGUGCGUUAAAAAACCAGGCCUGACAGUAGUAAAUCCACAGUGUCCCCCGCUCAAACCAGGGACAAUUGGCACUUGCGUUGAAGCUUGUUCCGGACGCAACAACUGUCCAGCUGGCGAACUGUGCUGCUCCAAUGGGUGUGGACACACGUGCCAACCGGCCAUCAAGUGACUGACUUGGGGCAAACGACAAGUAGCUGCGUUAAUCUCAAAUAUUAAAGGCAUUACAGAAUAAAAUAGUGGCAAAAUAA